CUGCAGAGGAUGGAAGACAUUAACAUGUUCUAUUUUAAUAGAGCGAGCUAGUUCAAUGUUACUCUAGCUUUACCGACAAAAUAGCCUGUCCGAUCAUGCAUUGUUUUACCCUGGCUGGGGGCCUGUUUCUGCUUUCUUGCCAAUGGCAACUCCAGGUGGGACAAAAACUAUUGGGGGAAAACCCAUUUUAAAGUGAGACUUUACGGCCUAUCUGCCACUUUCUGUCUGUAGCUUCCGAAGUGUUUGGCCUACACACUGAUAUGAUGAAGUCCCAGCAAAAUGGCGACGGUUGAUGACUGCGAUGUGACCAUGGAUCCUGAAAUGGAAAUACUAAGCGACGAGGAAUUGGAGAGGGAAGCAGAGAGCUUCAAGGAGCAAGGUAAUGCCUACUACAUCAAGAAGGAUUACUCUGAAGCAUUCAACUACUACACCAAGGCCAUAGACAUGUGUCCUAAGAAUGCCAGUUACUAUGGAAACCGGGCGGCCACGCUGAUGAUGCUGAGCCGGCACAGAGAGGCGCUGGAGGACUCCCAGCAGGCAGUGCGGCUCGACGACACUUUCAUGAAGGGUCAUCUACGGGAGGGGAAGUGCCACUUGUCCCUGGGCAACGCUAUGGCAGCCAGCCGCUGUUUCCACAGGGUUCUAGAACUGGAGCCUGACAACAGCCAGGCACAGCAGGAGGUAAAGAAUGCAGAUUCCGUCCUGGAGUAUGAAAAGAUGGCUGAAAUAGGAUUUGAAAAGCAUGACUUCCGGAUGGUUGUGUUCUGCAUGGACCGUGCCUUGGAGUCGGCCUCAGCCUGCCAUCGGUUCAAGGUGCUGAAAGCAGAGUGUCUGGCCAUGCUUGGGCGUUACCCAGAGGCCCAGUCGGUAGCCAGUGAUAUCCUGCGGAUGGAUGCUACUAAUGGCGAUGCCCUGUACGUCCGUGGUCUCUGUCUGUACUAUGAGGACUGUAUUGACAAGGCUGUCCAGUUCUUUGUCCAGGCCUUGCGCAUGGCCCCUGACCAUGAGAAGGCUCGCCUGGCCUGCAGAAAUGCCAAAGCACUCAAAGCCAAGAAGGAAGAUGGGAACCAGGCCUUCAAGGAUGGGAACUAUGAUGUGGCCUACGAGCUGUACUCUGAGGCCCUGACUAUAGACCCCAACAACAUCAAAACCAAUGCUAAGCUCUUCUGUAACAGGGGCACUGUGGGAUCUAAGCUGAAAAAAAUAGACCAGGCCAUUGAAGACUGCACAAAGGCAGUUAAGCUGGAUGAGACCUACAUCAAGGCCUAUUUACGGAGAGCACAGUGUUACAUGGACAAGGAGGAGUACGAUGAGGCUGUGAGGGAUUAUGAGAAGGUCUACCAGACAGAGAAAACAAAAGAACACAAGCACCUCCUGAAGAAUGCACAGUUGGAGCUGAAGAAGAGCAAGCGAAAAGAUUACUACAAGGUGCUAGGUGUGGACAAGAACGCCACAGAGGACGAGAUCAAGAAAGCUUACCGUAAACGGGCCCUCAUGCACCAUCCAGACCGUCACAGCUCGGCCAGUGCUGAGAUUCAGAAGGAAGAGGAGAAGAAGUUUAAGGAGGUGGGCGAGGCGUUCACCGUGUUGUCUGACCCCAAGAAGAAAUCCCGCUACGACAGUGGUCACGAUCUGGAGGACGACACGGGCAACAUGGGAGCAGAUUUUGACGCCAACAACAUUUUCAAGGCAUUCUUUGGUGGUGGAGGUGGCCAGGGCUAUAGUUUUGAAGCUAAUCAAUCAUCCGGACCAGGAAAUUUUUUCUUCCAGUUUGGUUAAUUGGAGGAUCCUAGUACUUAUACAGUAGCUCAAUCAUGGACUCUAUUCAAAUGGAUUCACCCCCAACUCCACCCUCAUUUUUAAUUUGUCUGGCUGUUCCUCAGUUGGACUCUGUCAUUACCUGAAUGAAUAAUGCUGUCAAAUCACAUCAUGCAACAAACGAAUGACGCAAGGAUCCAUUGAAGACUAAUACUAUUUUGAUAUUUGGUUUAAUUUUGUCAAACAAUAAAAACAUUGAAAUUCAAA